CCAAGAAACAGAGGGAGACAGCUGGAGAGAGAGAGAGAGAGAGACAGAGUGAGAGCGAAAGAAGCGAAAGAGAGCGAUAGAGAGCGCGAGAGAGAAAGAGAUGCGGCGAGAGUUGUGGCAUCAUGGUCGCCGAGCCUGCACACCCAUCACUCGGACGAAGACUACACGACGAGUUCACAUCAGCGCCACGCCGUCGAGCACCACCCCUCUAGCCCACUCCCGCCCCGACGAUGGCACUGGCAGCGGUGUCGACGCGCGAUUCGAAGUGCUCGGCGCGCCCGCCUCCCUCCUCUCCGCCACCAUCUCCGCCUCCCAAACCCUCUACACGCGCAAGGGCACGUUGGUCGGCUUCCACGGCGCGCCUGAGAAUGCCGUCUCCUCGCUGUCCCUGCUCGAGCCCUUUCGGAGAGCCCUGCUGGGCAUCCCCUUCCUCUACCAGUCCAUCUCUUCUACCGCCCCCUACACCGCCCUGAUCGCCACCAAGUCGCCUCUCACCUCUCUGGUCGUCGUGCAUCUGGAUGGCCGCCUGGACUGGAUGGUCGCGAGGAGGAACGCUCUCUUGGCCUGGACGGGACACACUCUGAGCUUGAAGCCCCGCUACAAUCUCAGAAUGUCCAUGGCGCACUGGGGCAACACCGCUGUGACGGGACGAGGACUGCUGGCUCUGUCGGGCAAGGGACUGAUCCACCAGAUCACGCUCCAAGCCGGCGACGAGUACGUGGUGCAUCCGAGUCACGUGAUUGCAUAUACCAUCAUGCAACACGCCCCACUGCCAUAUCGGUUCAAGUCCAACCACUUUCGCCUACAAAUCCCAAAGCCCUUGGCUCUCUUACCCGAUACGAGGUUUUGGAGAACCAUGAGAGGGAGCGCAUUAUGGAAGUUCAUCAGCCAAGCCUCCUUCCAUUUCCGAACUUGGACGAGGAGAACGAUAUGGGGUGACAGACUCUUCCUACACUUUCGCGGACCUUCGACCAUUCUCGUCUCGUCCCGUGGAGCUCCGUUGAGCGACGUCAUGACCACGCAAGAUAUCAACGAGGUCGCGGACAGCCCAGCGGCUGCGGUACCGCUCGCUAUUCACGCCAAGGCCGCUGCGGAAGCUGGCACCGCAUCAGCUGCUCCCGCCACGAAAACGCCGCAACCCACGACCGUGAGCUAUGCCAACGUCAGCCAGGGCAAUGUCAAGUUUGACCAAGCCAAGACGGUUGACAAAGACAAGGCUGCAAGUGGAGCUUAGACUCUACCAAAGCAGGCCGCAUUCACAAUGGAUAUGGGCCUACUCAUCUUUGCAUGUAUUUUAUAGCCAUGAGACACUCGCCUUGCACAGCGGCAGAAUUUUACCCGGCAGCGAGUCGGGACAUGAUAGCAUCCCGACGAGAGACGUUGCUCGAGUGCAGCAUGCUCGCAACAUUCACCCGCGCCGUGCAUGCGUGUGGUAGGGUCUUCCAAGCUUCUAUCACCAGGCCAUCGCUCCGAACCCCAAAUUGUCAAGCAAGGCAGAGUACGAGAGGCCCAAAGCUUAGGGUACUGCGAAAUCGUGCUGCUCGCACUAAACUCUUAUCUAAUAAUGAAUCCCUAUGUGCGAACCCAGUAGCACCGAAGCAGCUGUCAAGGUAGAAUCACCCAUGGAGGCGGCCUGGGAUAUUUAUAGAUAAGUAGAGAAGGCAUUUUGUAAAUCGCAGCCGCCCUAGUCCUAAGCCUGUAUAGCCUUAGGCCAAUUUGAAGAUCUCUACUAUAGACAUUUACAACAGAAGCAGAAUGUAAAGAAGAAUGACC